AUGACAGACGGAGCCACACAGUUAGAUUUUUUUCAUGUCAAAUAUCCUCAAGGGAGUGGCGGCGGCAUGAAGAAAAAGCAUCUACAAGUCGAUAAAAAGAAAUUUAAGAUCUCCAAGAGAGCCAUCGUUCGUAUUAACAACCCCGACGAUUCAUUAUGUCUCCCUCGAGCUAUUGCCGUGGCACAGUUACACAGUCAAAAACCUGAGGUUCCGGACCCCGAAUGGGAGAAAAAAUGGUUAAAGAUGAGAAAAGGGGAUACACAAGCUCUCGACCAGAAACGACAGGCCUUAGCGCUCAUGGAACUCGCCGGGUGUGCAAGCGACCAACCGUGUGGGGCUCAGGAAUGGGAGAAAUUACAUCAGGUCUUGACUCCCGAGUAUCGCUUGAAAAUAUUCCAUUUUAAGACAAACACGCAGCGAUUACGAUUAGACCCCAUCUACAGAGGUCAGGGGAGCGGAAAAUGUUUGCACAUCCUGCUGGAUAACGAGCAUUACGAUACCAUAACAUCGAUGCCGGGAGUGACGGAAAAUACAUAUUAUUGUGAUUACUGUGAUGUUGGAUAUAGCCACAUCGAAGAACACCGUACCGUCUGCCCUCACCGCUGUUCGUUUUGUUUAGCCGACACCCCCUGUUCCCCGGACGGCACCCGCACGGAAUGUGUUCAUUGUAAGGGAUUUUUUAGAAAUGCUGCGUGUUACCAGACCCACUUGAAACCUUACAGUAGCAAUACCGCGACAACUGUGUGUAGUUUAAUGGGACGUUGUGACCAGUGUCAGAAAUGGAUGACAAAGAAAUUAUUAAAACAGCACGCGUGCGGUGGAAAAACACAAUGUCACAUCUGCAAGAAACUCGUCACCACCCCACAUCUCUGCUUCGUUCAACAGAAACCCAAGCCCAAACGCAACAAGGAUUUGAAAAUGUACAUUUAUUACGAUUUUGAAUGUACCCAGGAAAAUGGAGUUCACACCCCUAACCUCUGUGUGGCCGAACGCGUGUGUCAACAUUGCGAUAGUUUAGACAUCGACAUGCGGUGUGAUCACUGUCAUGCGUUUGGCUCGCAACGCCGCUUCGUAUUUCAAGGCCCCGACACCUUAAAGCAGUUUAUGGAAUGGUUGUUACAAUCCCAGACGGACGAGAAGGGUAAAGUGACUUUUAAGCAUGAUGAAACGACCGCCAUUGCGCACAAUUUCAAGGGAUACGAUGGGCAGUUCAUCUUGAACUAUCUAGUGCAUACGGCCUGUAUCAAACCCGCAGUCAUCCUCAACGGCAGUAAAAUCUUGUGUAUGGGUGUGUUCGGCUUGAGAUUCAUCGAUUCAUACAAUUCCCUCCCCUUUGCCCUCGCCAAGAUGCCCUCUGCGUUUGGAUUAGCAGAACUGAAAAAAGGUUAUUUCCCCCACUUUUUUAACACGGAACAAAACCAGAAUUACGUGGGGGCUUAUCCCGAUGCUCACUACUACAAUCCUGACGACAUGUCGAUCGCUAAUCGUGCAGCCUUCUAUACCUGGUACACUCAACAGGCCGGGAAAGUGUUCGAUUUCCAGAAGGAAUUCCUGGCUUACUGUAUCUCGGAUGUGGAUAUUUUACGCCGUUGUUGUGCGCAAUUUAAGGCGACGCUCUACGGACUCGUCCGCGUCGACCCGUUUCAGGAAUCCAUCACUUUUGCUAGCACGGCUAAUUUAGCGUAUCGCCGAGGAUUCAUGGCACAGGACACCAUAGCCAUCAUACCCAAUAUGGGAUAUCAACCGUCGCGCCGCUACUCGGCCAAGGCCUGUCGCUGGCUCACCUCCCUGGACCGCAACAUACGUCAUGCUAAGAACGGGGGCGAAAUUACCAUAGGCCCUUAUACGGUGGACGGCUACGAGGAGGAAUCCCGCACCGUGUACGAAUUUACGGCUGCUACUGGCACGGGUGCCCCACCUGUUAUCCGAAUCUGUUGA